AUGAGCAAUUCUACCAGGGUGACUGAGUUUCUCCUCAUAAGCUUUGCUGAUACACCGAAGUUAAGGGUCCUGUACUCCAUGUUGUUCCUUUUCAUAUACUUGGCUACCUUGUUAGGGAAUCUUCUCAUUGUCACUGUCACCACAUUUGACCAGAAGCUUAACACACCCUUGUACUUCUUCCUCAGAAAUCUGUCUGUCUUAGAUAUGUGCUACAUUACUGUCACUGUGCCCAGUGCCUGUGUCUAUUUUCUCACUGGUAACAGAACCAUUUCCGUGGCUGCUUGUGCCACCCAGGUAUUCUUGGUCAUUUACUUUGCCUAUGUGGAGAUUCUGUUCCUCACCAUUAUGGCUCAAGACCGCUAUGUGGCCAUCUGCCAGCCACUCCAUUACACAAUUACUAUGAACAACAAAGUCUGUAUCCAAAUGACCCUUGUCUCCCUGCUCAGUGGGCUUGCGUAUUCAGGUGUGCACACAGGUAAAACAUUCCAGUUGACCUUCUGUCGGUCCAAUGUGAUCCAUCAGUUCUUCUGUGAUGUCCCGUCUCUGCUGAGGAUCUCCUGCUCUGACACCUCCAGCAACUUCACUUUACUUCUUCUAUCUGCCAUUAUGGUUUGUGGGAUCUGCUUUAUCUUUAUUACUGUGUCAUAUAUUAACAUACUUAGAGCUAUGCUAAAGUUUUCAAUUAAGGAGCAAGGAAAAGCCUUUUCUACCUGUGUCCCUCAUAUCCUUGUGUUGUCUAUCUUUCUCAGUUCCAUCAUCUCUGUAUAUCUAAGGCCAUCAGUAACAUCUGAAACAAUUAAUGACAUGAUUCUUUCUGCAUUUUAUACCAUGGUUGCUCCAUUUUUAAAUUCUAUCAUCUAUAGUCUUAGAAACACACAGAUAAAGGAAGCUGUAAGGAGAUUAGUAUUUUAA